GGGGGGUGGAGUAAGGGAGUGAGAGACAGGGUUUGGAGGCACAUCAAGAAUUUUCCUUUUAAGGGGUACGGUCUCCAAGUCCUGCGAGUUCACAUGCAGCAGCCAAAACACUCUGAACAGGAUAAACAAAGAACACCGAAAAGACAGAGGAAAAAAACAAAGCAAGAAUAAUACUGUUAUUCUCACUCUAGUAUAAAGGGCCUCUUUUGGGAGCAGUAGCAAAGUGUGAGAAUGGGUAAAAGUAAGUUAACUUUGUCUACUCUAGACAAAAUGAUAGAGGUUUAGAGUAGAUGGAUGGCCAUAGCAGCACUUCUGACCACUUCAACUCUGCUGGAAGRAUUUGGAAUUGAUGUUGCAAGUUCCACGUUUGUAAGUAGCAUAGGGAGAGGAGACUGCCUCCACGCUAAGAGGUCCGUGUCUUUUAGAGCAUCCAAACUGCAACUAUUGUGGUUUUGUUGCUUUGUGAACCCAUUUCUAGACAAUACAUGCAAUGUCUGGCAAAAUGACUGUGUAUGUGUGAGCAGGAAACAGAGACGGUUUCAGAGCGAGAGAGGGAGYGAGAAACAGAGAGGUAUUGUAUAUGCGUAUGAGAGAAGAGAGUUAGUUAGAGGGAAAGAGAGAGGGUAACAAUUUGUGCCUGGGAGAGAGGGAACGAAGGAGAGAGACCAUAUAUGUACUGUAUGUCUAUAUGUGAGUAUUUGAAAUGGGGGGAUGCAUAUGUCUGUGUGAGACAGAAGGAGAGGAGGGAGAGAACAUAUAUCCUCUGGCCCUGGGCGAGUGUGCGUGAGGCUGAAUGGGAGCCAGGAAAAGGGGAAGGGCCUCGCGUCCACCGACAAAAACAGCUGCCUGAAAGUACGCAGGAAAACAGUGUCUGGUAGAGUAUAGGGAGCGGGGGACAGGGAAAGAGAGGACAGGAGAGAAAGAGAGCACCAGGGCCCACAUCUCUAUAUGGGUUGCGCCCUGAGUGCGGAGCCUUGCUGUGGGGAGGAAGCAGAGCCUGUGCCCUUGGUGAGAGGGUCACUGAAGCGCCGAGGUCCAGAGAGGUCCAACAGCGUCAAGAUGAAGCUGACCAAGACGGGCAAGGAAGAGCCCCAUGUCUUCAAGGAGAAGACCUUCAGGAAGAGGCGUCAGUGUGGCGUGUGUCGUCAGAGUGUGGACAGCACAGGGUCCUUCUGUCGAGUGUGUAAAACAGCCACUCACAAGAAAUGCGAGGCAAAGGUGACCACAGCAUGCAUCCCAGCUCCAUCUGAUCUGCAGCGCAGAGGGACAGCUCCAUCCCGACACGUUCAACACCUGGGUUCCACAAAGUCUCUGACUUACACCAAACAGAGAACCAUCCUCCCCAGGAGUUUCAGUGUGGACCGUGUGAUGGAAAGAGUCAUGGAGGGCCACUAUGACUUUGACCUGACCUACAUCACCGAGAGGAURAUCUCCGUGUUCUUCCCCCCUCUGCUGGACGAGCAGCGCUACCGUCUCAACCUCAAGGAGGUGACCGCCAUGCUCAGGUCCAAGCACCAGGACAAGUUCCUGCUCUUCAAUCUCUCUGAACGGCGCCAUGACAUCACCAGCAUGAAUCCAAAGGUUCAUGACUUCGGCUGGCCUGACCUCCAUGCCCCUCCCCUGGACAAGAUCUGUGCCAUGUGUAAGGCCAUGGAGACCUGGCUGACCUCCGACCCCCAGCAUGUGGUAGUCUUGCACUGCAAGGGCAACAAGGGCAAGACAGGAGUGAUUAUUGCAGCCUACAUGCACUACAGCAAGAUCUCUGCAGGGGCAGACCAGGCCCUUAGCACACUGGCCAUGAGGAAGUUCUGUGAGGAUAAAGUCUCGUCCUCCCUCCAACCGUCCCAAAACAGGUAUAUCUACUACUUUGGGGGGCUCCUCUCUGGGGCGAUCAAGAUGAACAGCAACCCACUGUUCCUCCACCAGGUCCUCAUCCCCACACUCCCUAACUUCCAGGGCGAAGGAGGUUACUUUCCCUUCCUGAAGAUCUACCAGUCCAUGCAGCUGGUCUARACCUCAGGGAUAUAUGACUUGCAGGGUUCCGGGGGCCGAAGACUGUGUGUGACCAUUGAGCCUGCAUUGCUGCUGAAGGGAGACAUCAUGGUGAAGUGUUACCACAGACGGGCCCAGAGUGCAGAGAGGGACACAGUGUUCAGACUGCAGUUCCACACCUGCACCAUCCACGGGGCACAGCUGUGGUUCGGCAAGGGGGAGCUGGAUGAGGCCUGUACUGAUGAACGAUUUCCCUCGGAUGCAACUGUAGAGUUUGUCUUUUCCUCUGGACCAGAGAAGAUCAAAGGGCGUGAGUACCAGAGGAAUGACCCUGCUGUCACAGUGGACUACAACACAGCUGACCCUGUGGUGCGCUGGGACUCCUAUGAGAACUUCAACCAGCGCUACCAGGACAGUCUAGAAGACAUAGCCCACACCAGGGGUCCAGUGGAUGGCAGUCUGUACGCCCAGAUAAAGAAACGUCGUUCAGGCCCAGGUUCAGGCUCUCUGACCUCCACCAAUGGGAGUCCAGCAGGCACCAGUGAGGAGAGGCCGAGUCAGAACCAGCUCCUCUCCCCUAGCUCUGACUCGCUCAAUCACUCCGGCCAKACUAGCCACUCCGGCCACUCUUCCCACUCUACGGCCCACCCAGAGCGUCCAGAAGAGCCCAGAAGGCCCCCGCCCCCCACUCGGCACGAGAGGGAGGAGCUGGAGCGCCUGCUGGGGGGCAUCGAGGGGGAGAGGGACGACCGGGACAGMGAGAGGGAGACUGCCAUCCUGGAUGACGGGGACUCGUCCUCUCCCUCUGAGCGUACAGGUACCCUGAGGUUGGGCCGCUCCUGUUCCUGCCGGGUGGGCUACCGCUCCCAGCACUGUGCCAAGCCCGGUUGUGACCGACUCCACCUCAUGCCCAACAGCUACUGCCUGGACAGAGCCCCGGGCACCAAUGGUCAUCCUGGGGCACCGCCCUCGGCUAACCCUGCCACCGUCCCCUCACAUAUGGACCUGUGCCAGCACUACAGCCCCCACCCUCACCCUCAUCAGGCCCUGCCUCCCCCUGACCUGGUGUGGGACCGCCAGCAGGGCCCGCCACACUACCUGCACCGCUCCUGCUCUGAGGGACCCUCUCAUCACCCCUCUCUGUGCCCKUAUCCAUCCCAGGAGCUGACCCCUCACCCCCACACCCUUCCUCCCGGGCGCCUGCUCUGUAGAAGUGAUGACUAUGGUCCGUACCAUCACCCUCCCUCACACACCCAUCACCACCCUCACCACACCAAGUCCUCCGGCCCCUACCACGACAUGCUGCUGCUGGAAGGUCUGCCGCCCCCUGGCUGCCCCUGCCGGGACUGCCUCAUCAGGAGGGAGGACUCAGCCUUCCGCGGCCUGCGGCUGGAGCGAGGAGAGAGCUUCCACUGGGACAGAGAGGCAGAGCUGCAGCAUCGUGAAGCAGGGCUGAGGAGGGGGAGGGAGUCUGAGCUGCCCAGAGGGGUAGAGAUGCACUGGGAGAGGGAGGCAGUGGGACUGAGAAGAGGCAGGGAGAUGUCACUGCAUUGGGACAGGGAGGCAGAGCUCCAAUGGGAGAGGGAGAGAGAGGCAGACUAUUGGCACAGGAGGGCCACAGUUUCUUCCUAUGGGCCCCAGGGACACGAGCUCCCUGCCUUCACUUUUGACCCCCUGCCGUCAGGCCACCCUGCGUACCCAGAGCCGUCUCGCUCCCACGCCCACUCCCACCUGGAUCUGAAGUACAGCAGCAGCAGCAGUGGCUACCAGACCCCCCACCAGGCCUACCCCUGCUCCCCCUACCAUCCUUCCCCCUCUGAAAGCAGGGGCUAUGCCUCAGGCUACCAGUCUGAGUCGACCUCCCCUCUGCCCCCUCCCUCCACCCUGUCAGGCCCCUGCAGCCACACCACAGGGCCAGCAGACCACCACCCUGAAGCCCACCCUCAGCAGUACCUCUCCGACAGCCAGACAGAUGGAAGGGGGAUGAGUGAGAAUGUGGGUUGGAGAGACCACAUCUCCCAGGGUUCCUUCAAGAGGAUGCAUCAAGAUGCCCAUGUCCCGUGUUCCACGCCUUAUGACCGCUCUGGGCCACCCACUCCUGUUCAUACCAGCAGCCCUCUGCGCACACAAGAAAGGCCCAGUCUAGGUGUACAAGAGGAUGAAGUUCGAUCGACUGACAUAGUCAACAGUGACUUUGAAUCUGCCCAGUCUCAGGAUAGGCACGAUAGUACUGCUGCUCAAGUGUCUCAGCCCAACCAGCAACACAUCCCUGACCCCUCACAGUCUUCAUCCGUGACAUCCACACCUUCCCCCACCCAACUCAACAGCCACUGCACCACACCGACACAUCCACCCUCACCCAACCAGCCCCAGAACCACUGUACCACACUCUCACCUACAACCAGCCAACACAGCAACCACUGCCUCUCCGUAUCACCCACUCAGACCCCCCCUGAGAAAGUUAGCCCACCUGGUCCAGAGACCACCCUUCCUACAGAGACUGCUGCACCGCCUCCUCUUGCCCAGCACCAGCCACCCAACCCCAACUCUGCACCUGGCACAACGGGACCCUGCCCAGCUCAGGGCCAGCUGAAUGGAGCAUGUCCACCCAGGGAGMUGACCCCAGAGGUCCCUAAAUCCAUCUCGACCCCCACUUCGGCUCCUUCCUCCCCCCAGCCUCCCAUCAGCAGUCUGGAGGGCUCCCCCUCCUCAGAACCUCCUGUGCCUGGCUUCGCCACCCUGUGCCGGAGGCUGAUGCUGGGCACUGAGCCCCCAGGACCCCUGCAGCAUUACCCUGGCAUGGAGGGCAGUGCCAGUGGGCACUCUUCAGCCCCUGAGGGACAUGACACUCCCACCUUCCCCACCUCUGCCACCGGCUGCUGUGCCCAAUCUGCCCCUCAUGUGCCAUACUCGGGCUACACUGCUGUCACCAUCCACCAGCCCCCACUCCCAGAGAAACGGCGGCAGUCUGCCCAGCCAGGAUCACCUAACGGCGGGGUGGGUACCCUGAGGCCCUCCCUCUCACAGCACCAUGUCACCUUCUCUCCAAUGGUGGGGGAGAUGGCACCCCCUGCAGGCCAAGGAGAAGGAAUUCUAUCAGUGGAAGGAGAGAUGGCAGGCAGAGUCAGUGUUAAAUUUGUCCAGGACAGCUCACGCUUCUGGUACAAGCCUGGCAUCUCCAGGGACCAAGCCAUAGCUGCGCUGAAGGAGAGAGAACCAGGGGCGUUUCUUAUCCGGGACAGCAACUCCUUCCAGGGUGCCUAUGGCCUGGCACUGAAGGUGGCCAUCCCGCCCGCUAACGUCAACAACCACAGCAGCAAAGCCAAUCCAUUAGAGCAGCUGGUGCGACACUUCCUGAUUGAGCCGGGCCCCCGUGGAGUGAAGAUCAAAGGGUGUCAGAAUGAGCCCCAUUUUGGGAGUUUGUCUGCAUUGGUGUACCAGCACUCCAUCACCCCCAUUUCCCUACCCUGUUCCCUGCGGAUCCCAGAAAAAGAUCCCAUUGGAGAAAUGCAGGCGCUGCAGUCGACUGCCAGUAACAUGAGCACUGCUGCAGACCUGCUGAAACAGGGUGCAGCCUGCAACGUGCUCUACCUGAAUUCUGUGGAGACUGAGUCACUGACUGGACCACAGGCCAUCUCCAAGGCAAACGGAGCCACGCUGGCACGAAACCCCCAGCCAGCGGCCACAGUGGUCCACUUUAAAGUUUCUUCACAGGGCAUCACACUGACUGACAGCCAGCGCAGGGUGUUCUUCAGGAGACACUACCCAGUCAACAGUGUGACUUUCAGCAGUAUCGACCCCCAGGACAGGAGGUGGACUAACUCAGACAGAACAACAUCUAAGGUGUUUGGGUUUGUAGCCAAGAAGCCAGGCAGCAUGGCAGAAAAUGUGUGUCAUCUGUUUGCUGAGCUCGACCCGGAGCAGCCAGCCUCUGCCAUUGUCAACUUCAUCAACAAGGUGAUGUUAGGGCCGCAGCGCAGGUAGAGAACCAAGCCAAAGACCCGUCACCGGUGUUAGACUGUCAACAGUGUUACAACUCCCAAAGAGGAGGCUUCAAAACAAAUGCUUUACAGACCCACAAAGCACCAUUGGCGGUGGCCUCUUCUCAAAGACUGAGUUUUGAAACCAAAAGGCUCAACAUUUCAAACAUGACUGCCAUUUUGAAUUAUAGUCAAAAUGUAUUAGUUGUUUAAAUGUCUAAUAUCUAAAAAUGCCUUAAAGGUCCAAUGCAACCAUUUUUAUAUCAAUAUCAAAUCAUUUCUGGGUAACAAUGAAGUACCUUAUUGUAA